AUGACCAUCUAUUCAUUUUGGAUCUUUGACCGGCACUGCAAUUGUGUCUACGCCAAAGACUGGCAGCGCCAGCGUGCUGCACGCAGACCCAACUCAUAUAUUGGUUCAUCUGCAACUGGCGGGUUGGGCUCACCCCUCGCAACCAAAGCCUCACUCGAUUCGUCAGCGUCAGCUGCUGCUGCAGCUUCCGGUGCUGGGGGCUCUUCAUCGUCUUCUUUACAGAGUUUUGUGCCUGGUGAUUUUGUAUAUCGCCGAGCGCCACCGCCUUUACAGGUCGAUGCCAAUGUGCUCCAACCGUCAGUCGCAGUUGUUCCACGAGGCCAAAAAAACAAUGGGCCUUCAGCUAUUGCUGCCACAGCUUUGCACCACCCACUUUUUGACAGUGAGCUGGGGAAACUGGUGUUUGGUGUUGUGUUCAGUUUGCGCAAUAUGGCUCGUAAACUCACGGACGAUGCAGAUGGAUUCACGACUUUUUCUACAUCCAAAUAUAAGGUCCAUUUCUACGAAACACCUUCAAACGUGCGUUUUGUUCUGGUUUCGGACCCAGGACUUGAAAGUCAAGGAGCAGUUCUGAGGCACAUUUAUGGUAGCAUGUAUGUCGAAUAUGCAUCCAAAAACCCUCUCUACCCCGUUGACCCCGUGUCUUCGGCCGUACUUGCCAACGAUUUAUUGGUGUUGGACAUUGAAUCUUACAUUGCAUCACUUCCAGGGUUUGAAUAG